GCUAGUAAGAGACUUGAAUAUAUUCUCUCUGACUCCAGAAGUGAGCACUGAAGAUCGACUCUGACAAUGGAGACACGCAGGACCCUCAUGAGGAGUUUGGCUGUUGCGGUGGUCAUUGCAUAUGUGAUCUGGACUACAACAGCUCAAGAAAUUAAAGUGAAGGAAUCAUGCUGCACUCAAGUCUCCACAGCCAAGGUGACCGAUCCCAUCCUCAAUAUCACACUUCAACGUAAAAGUCUUCCAUGUGUGAGGGCCGUCAUCUUUAAGACGGAGCGGGGCGAUUCCUGCAGUGAUCCUAAACAAAAAUGGGUGCAGGAGAAAGUUAAGCAGUUUUUGAGAGAUCAAAAAACAAAACCGUGACUUCCACACCAAAGUAAUGAGAACACAUCACAUUGAAGAAGUUACAAGUUCCAAAGUUAUUUUACAAAUUUUAAAUAUGAUACAAAUUCAAAUUUUCUGUUAUAUUAAGAACAUUUGUAAUUUAAACAUAUUUCAAUUGAAUAUAUUAAAUAUUAUUAAUGUUGUCAAAUACAUGUUGUCCAAUUUGAGAGUGAAAGUUUUUUAUUUUUUCAGAAACUGAAUUAUAGUGAGACUGUUACAGAAGUGGCUUAAAUAAAAUAUUAGUAUAUAUUAUAUUUUACACUGAAAUAUUUUUCUCACAACGUACUAGUAAUGGACUUCAUGGUGUCAUUUAAGGGAAUUUUAGACUGAUUUGUGUGAGAACAGCUGCAAUUUUUUUCAUUUGAUGAAGCCAAUGAAUAGCUGCAUCUGGAACAACAAAAGUUCAUGUUUCUGAAUUUGUGCAAGGGGUCCUACUUCAGACUUUAAGACAUAUUUUUUUAUUUACCAUCUUUAUUAUUUUCUUCACGCUAUUUUUGCUAUGCUAUGCAUUGUACAUUGUACUACUGAUUAUGUAUAUUUCAUAAUAUAUAAUCAAAUGUUACAGAGCAUGAAUAAAUUGGUACAUUAUGAGUGCUAACAAUGAGAAAGUA